AUGGCCGAGGGCAUCAUACGUUCUCAACCCGAGCUUCACGACCUCUGGAGCUCAUUACAAGGCCUGAGCGUUGCGAAUGCGGAUACGGUUGAGGAUACUACCGAGAGUGACAGCCGUGAGGCUCACUUCAGAGCAUACACGGUGCGCAUCGAUACGUUCACCCUAGCCUUACACUCACCCCAUGCCCCGCAGGCGGCUACAUUCAUCUACGCCUGCGUGGACAACGACUCAGGGAACUGGAGCGACUAUCUUUUAUCGUCAACGGCGGAGCUGAGUUCGCUCGAGACUGACUGCUCCGAUGCACCGCGCGCAUCAGUUUGUGAUAGCGACGAAGGAGACGACCACCUUCAAGACGCCGUCUGCGCCGCUUUGCCUGGGGUCUCCGACCUGAGCGGUCGGCCCUCCGAUCAGCUGGCCGACAACGCGGAUGUAUGGCGGUGUCCAGUCCAUCGAUGUGGCAAAGUCGUCCGGCCGUCAAACCUUACCAGAUCGCAGCGCGAGGUCGUGGUAGCCCUCAGUGGCAGCUUUGACGCGAUGCUCGUUCGGGGAAGAAGUGGUACGGUUCAACUACGCCGUGAAGAUCCCUGGAAGUUCCUGCGUUACGUCGAUGCAGUGGCUUGGAAUCAUAUAUCCUGGCAUCUGCAUCGUGCGCACAUAAGUUUCUACCAUCCUCAUCCCGAUCGCCCCUAUAAGGAAUGUUGCGGUUGGUGGUGGAAUGAGACGCUGCUGGCCCGUAAUCAGCAGCUGCUGCAAACAGUGCACCAGCUUGAGGCUACGGGACGUCAGAGAAAGCGCCAAUGGUUGGUUCUAAAGGCAAUCAGCUCCGCGCGAAGCAGAGUCGAACGCGCGCGGGCUCGUCUUACGCGUUGGCGUUAUGAUGCUUUGCAGGCACGUCGUGACUUAGUCUCGAGCAUGUUCGAUCUCAACCGCGGGGUGGUCGAGGUGGGGCGCUCGCUGUUGGCCCUUGUGCACCAGCAAGAAGCCGACCCGCUUACAGCCUUGUACGCCGAAGAGAUCUCAUACUACCGUACCGUUGAAGCGGAGUGGGUGGCAGAGCAGGGUGCAUAA